AUGGUUGCAUAUUCCGUGGUGCGGGAUUCCAACAUGCUCAUCGCCAACUCACUACCCGAGGGCCUCGUCGCCGUCUUCGUCGGGGGCACCAGCGGCAUCGGCGAGUACACUCUCAAGGAGCUCGCCCGCGCGGCGCGCAAGCCGCGCAUUUACAUCCUGGGACGCUCACAGACCUCGUUUGACCGCAUCGCCGCCGACUGCAAGCAGAUCAAUCCAGAGGGUCGGUACUCGUUUGUCCAGGGCGACAUUAGCUUGCUGCGCAACGUGGACCGCCUGUGUCACAAGGUGCAGGAACAAGAAAGCGCAAUCAACAUUGUCUUCUGGAGCGCUGGGACAUUGAUCAGCAAGCAGAAAACAGCCGAAGGGCUUGAUGUCGCAGCUGCUUUGAGGGUGUACUCCCGAACUCGCAUCAUAGCCAAUUUCCUUCCGCAACUUGCGGCCGCGACAGGCAUCCGUCGCGUCGUCAGCGUCUCGACCGGCACCGACGAGGGGGCCGUUGACUUUGACGACUUCCAGCUCCUACGCGGCGGCGGUCUGGCCAAGCAGCGCGCGCACAACAGCUCCAUCAUCUCCCUCACCAACAUGUACUUUGCGCACAAGGCGCCCACCGUGUCCUUCAUCCACGACUAUCCGGGGCUCGUCAGAUCGGGCAUCUCCCGGGGCACGACGGGCGCGCUCCGGGCCGCCUUCGUCGUCAUGAACGCGCUGGGGCCGCUGCUCUUCUACAAGCCCGACCAGGAGAGUGGCGCGAGACAUCUCUACUACCUCACCAGCGCGCGGUUCAAGGCCAAGGAAGGCGUCGAGGAGUCGGUCCCGGUAGGUGAUGGCAUUGCGGUGGCGAGAGGCGUCGAUGGCGUGUCCGGGGGCGGCAUCUAUUCUUGCGAUGCAGACAAUGAGGAGGCGCCUAGGAAGGUCGAGAGGAUCCUGGCGCGCCACAAGGAGCAAGGCGCGGUCGAGAGAGUGUGGAAGCAGAUCCAGGACGAUACGGAUGCUAUUCUUAGGCCUGUUCACCAGGAAGCAUAA